UAUCGUCACAGGAAAUGGCUUCAUCGCGCAUAUUUUUCUCGAUAAAUUAUGGCGAGGACAAGAGGACGAUUUCGUGCGACUAACGAACCGUGUCCAGGCCCCUUAUAAGACAUCCGAAGUAAUGAGCCAUUCCAUCAGAACAGUGAAUCAGGAGCAACGCAUCAAUCUCGUCCAGCACAAUGAGAUACCUAGUCGUCGUCCUUAUCACCGUGUGCACCUUUUCAUCCACCUCAGUUUUCGCCGAGGAGCAGUACACCACAAAAUUUGACAAUGUAGACGUGGACGCUAUAAUAAACAACGAGAGGCUGCUAAACGGAUAUGUGGGUUGUCUGCUCGAUCGAAACCCCUGCACCCCGGACGCGGCGGAACUUAAAAAAAACCUGCCGGAUGCGUUGGAGCACGACUGCGCCGGAUGUAGCGAGGCGCAGAAGAACGCGGCCGACAAGAUCUCUCAUCAUCUGAUAGACAAUAAGCCAGACGAUUGGAAACUGCUGGAAGAUAAAUACGAUCCCACCGGGGCGUAUCGACGACGUUACCUGGAAAACAAAUCCAAAGACGAGGGUAGAUUCGACUAGAAUUGUUCUUUACAUUGUAAAGACCGUCUCUAAGGUCGACCACAGCUCUAUCCAUCGGACUCGAAUGCUUACCGUAAUCCUUGUCAUAUACGGCGAUUUUACUUUACAUAACGAUUGCAUAACAGAAAACUCUAUCGCGUUUCAUCAUUCCAUGGAAGUUUCCAUUGAGACAAAAUAUUCAAAAAAUAUGUCAAAAAUGUAUGAGCUAGCAUUUUCAU